UUUCCCAAGAACGUGUCAAUUCGUCGUGCCGUGUCAUCCUUCGAGACAAUCUGUCAUUCCUUUGCCAGUGUCGUCCUUGAUUUUGGCCAUUAUAUGUAUGAACGUGUAAAUUUACGUUUUCUUCUUUGGCGUUUUCAUUUUUUCACCUUCAUUGCUGUGUUGUGUGAAAAUUCACAUGAAAUGUUGCUGGAAUAUAUGACAAUGCUGUUUAUUUUCGGAUUAACCACAUUACAGCUAGAAAGGAGCCGGAUUAGUGCACAAGCCAUGAAAAUGUUGACCAACGACACCUCAGUAUCAUCCCUCCACGAUAUCAACAAUAUGAUCCUUGGCAGCUAUGACCAGCAGGAACCUGAAUUUGAGAACACAACAAAUCGUGAUGUCAUAGGUGCGGUAGGCACCACAGCACGGCUGCACUGUCGUGUGCGAAAUUUGGGAGAUCGCGCCGUGUCGUGGAUACGAAAACGAGAUUUACACAUUCUGACAAUUGGCAUAAUGACAUAUACAAAUGAUCAACGAUUUCUGGCGCGACACAUAGACAAUUCGGAUGAAUGGGUGCUGAAAAUCGUGUCGGUGCAGCCACGAGAUGCGGGCAUCUAUGAGUGUCAGGUGUCGACAGAACCAAAAAUUAGUCAAGCUUAUAAAUUGACAGUUGUCACAUCCAAGGCACAAAUUCUCUCGAAUCGAGAACUGUUCGUGCAAAGUGGUAGUGACAUCAAUUUAACCUGCAUAGCACCACAGGCGCCCGGCCCAUACACCCACAUGCUGUGGUACAAGGACAGCGAACUAAUCAACGACUCGACAAGGGGUGGCAUACGGGUUGUAUCCGAGCAGCAAAUGAAAACGAGCAAUCUGGUGAUUUCACGCGUAACACACACGGACUCGGGCAACUAUACGUGUGCGGCAGACAAUUCAAAUAGCGACAGUGUUUUUGUACAUAUCAUCAAUAGUGAAAAACAUGCCGCCAUGCAACACGAACUGGCAACACGACUGCAUGUGCCACACAGCCUUCUACUAAUCCUGACAAUAUUCUAUAUAUUGGAACGAGUCAUCAAAUGAAAUUGUAUCCACAGUCUGUGCUUAUCAUUAGUUCUAACAAAUCCUAACAUUAUCCACCGCCAAGCAUACAGAAAGAUGAAGAUGAAGACGACGACGGCGAAGACGACACCAAGGAGUGCGACAACAGCGAAGGCAAUAUCAGAAACAAGGCAUAAUCCAAGGCGCAGACAUGAUGCCUGCAGGGUGCUGCCCAUUUUGGAAGUGAUGAUGAGUGACAAUAGCAGCCACAGCCGCAGCCGCAACGGCAGCCACCAUUCAAAUGUGUCAACCAAGACGGCGCCAUUGAUAGAUGCCAGCCGUUGAUUUC